UUACAAAAUGUUUCACCGGUUACGAGAGACAAAUGGUCGUAUUUUAGGUAAUAAUAAUAAAAAUAAGAAUUUUAUAAUAUUAGUUCUUCAUGGAAGGUGUGUUUGGAAAAAUAGUUGUUAUUAGGAGAAAUGGUACUGAUGGACCGGUAUUUCCAAUUUCCUCUAAUAAAGAAAAAAUUGUUUUUGGGAGAGAUGAGUCAACAGAUAUAAGGGUACAAUUACCACGAGUUGCCCAACAACAUUGUCAAUUGCUUGUUUCUGAUAGAAAGGUUACAUUGGAGAAUUUCUCAGAAGUACUUCCUACCCAAUGUAAUAAAAAGACAUUUGGAAAAUCUAUUGAAAUGAAACAUCAAGAUGUGUUUUCAAUAUCAGAUCGUUUUUUUCGCAUUGAAUUUAAUGAAAUGUUUCAACAAAGGAAUACUCCUAAAAGAAAAUCAUUAACAAAGACACCACUUGGAAAUAGUCCUCGUACUCCUAAUCAAAAUACACCUUUAAAGGAUAGCAUCAAGCGUUUAAGACGCGAUUCAGAUAAAGUUGAGGAAGGCACAGAACCUGCUUUAACAAUGUCACCAAGCACUAUUAUGUUGCCAUUAAAAUCACCAAGGAGAUCACCUAGGAUAAUAGACAAAGAAAAUAACUCUCCAAAUUUAAAUACUGUUGUGAAAACACCUAGUCUAUUAAAAGAAGCCAUAAAUAAUAAUAGGAAGCGUGUUUCGUUUGGAGCCAAUCUAAGUCCUGAAUAUUUUGAUAAAAGACUUCCUCCUAGUACUCCUGUUCGUCGGGGUGAAAGUCCAACAAGAUCUCCAUUUAGAAGAAAGUCAGAUCCAUUUUAUCGAAAAACACCAGCCACUAACAAACGCAGAUGCUCUGUUGCGACAGGUUUAUCAACUAUCCCUAUUGCAGAGGGAGAGGAAGAGAAUGAAAAUGUCAUUCCUCUGCUUUUGCAAUUUGAUUCUUCCGGCACUGUUGAUUCAGUUGUUGAUAUUUUUGCCAAUUCACCUUCAAUGAGACAAGACCUUCCACCUCCUUUAAAGGCAGAAGUUGUAACUCGGGAGAAUAUCAGUAGUUCUGAAGAAACAGAAUUACAAGAAGUGCAAGAAAAAAAGAAGAAAAAACUAGCUACACCAUUACGUGCUGAGAUCAAAAAAGGUAUUUCUUUAAAAUCAAAAAAGAAACUAGCAACACCACUUCGAAAGGAUAUUGUAAAAGGUAGAGUCCUGAGGGCAACUAAACCAAGGUUAUUGACACCAUUGCGUUCAUCUAUAAAAGCAGGUGUUACACUUAAAAAAACAAAGCCAAAAACUCCAGUCAAGCCUAUUGAACAGAAAAAACUACCAACACCUGUUAGAGACGAGAUACACACUGCACCAAAACUUAGAUCUGUGAAACAUAAACUACCAGCUGCAUUAAGAGAAGAUAUUUUAAGUAGUAGAAAAUUAAAAAGUACAAAGAAAAAAGUAUUGAAGACACCAUUGAAAAGAGCCAUUGAAAAAAAACCUUCAUUGCGGCAGACAUUGAAAAAAGGAUUGAAAACACCUGUCAGAAAACAAAUAAAAGAAGGAUUAAAACUGAAGCAAAGAUUUAGAAAGAUGCCAACACAAUUACAAGAGGAAAUAUUGAACGGUGUACAACUUAAGGUUAACAUGACAAAAAUGAAAACACCAUUAAAAAAAGAUAUUGCAAAGGGGGUUAUUCUCCGUGAAACCAAGAAGAAGAUGAAAACAUCUCUGCGUGAUGAAAUUCAAUCUGAUGUUUCUCUAUGUGAAACCAAAAAGAAAUUGCAAACUCCUUUGAGAAAAGAAAUCCAAUCUGGCUAUUCUUUACGAGAAACCAAAAGGAAAUUGCAGACUCCCUUGAAGAAAGAAAUUCAAUCUGGCCUAUCUUUGCUGGAAACCAAAAAGAAAUUGCAGACUCCCUUGAGGAAAGAAAUCCAAUCUGGCGUAUCAUUGUGUGAAACCAAAAAGAAAUUGCAGACUCCCUUGAGGAAAGAAAUCCAAUCUGGUCUGUCUUUACGUGAAACUAAAAGGAGGAUGAAAACUCCUCUUCGUGAUGAAAUUCAAUCUGGUGUAAAGUUACGAGAAACCAAAAAAAAGGCACUAACUCCUGUUAAGCAGCAAGAUAAUCCAGAAGAUAAUGAAGAAUCUAAAGUUUUUAUUACAAGUAAAGAAAGACAUAUUUUAAAAGCUAAAAGAAGACUUCCUCGUGUCGUAUUGCCUGAAAUAUCUGGCAAUCUAGUCACUUUCACCGGAUUUGCUGUGAAGGAAAAAGUGGGUUUCCCUGCCAAAAAGAGGCAAAGAAGGGGAAGUACACCAUACAAGAAGGCUUUGCCUGCUUCAGAAGUGAAAAAAUUUGAUCAAAGCAUGAUCACGGAUACCCAAUUAAAUGAAAGAACUGUAGAAAUGGAGCAAACUCAGUCCAAGACUCCUUUAACAGAAAAGACAGCUAACAGAAAAUCGACAGCAAAAACACCUGUUGCAAAUGAAACUAGUUCUCUAACAGAGGCAGAGGAUGAUGAAAGCAUGCAGACCUUGUUCAAGACUCCAGCAACUGAAAAGGAAGUUAACAGAAAAUCGACAGCAAAAACACCUGUUUUUGAAACUAUUGCAAAUGAAACUAGUUCUCCAACAGAGGCAGAAGGUGAUGAUGAAAGCAUGCAGACCUUGGUCAAGACUCCAGCAACUGAAAGGGAAGUUAACAGAAAAUCGACAGCAAAAACACCUGUUGCAAAUGAAACUAGUUCUCUAACAGAGGCAGAGGAUGAUGAAAGCAUGCAGACCUUGUUCAAGACUCCAGCAACUGAAAAGGAAGUUAACAAAAAAUCGACAGCAAAAACACCUGUUUUUGAAACUAUUGCAAAUGAAACUAGUUCUCCAACAGAGGCAGGUGGUGAUGAUGAAAGCAUGCAGACCUUUUUCAAGACUCCAGUAACACAAAAGAAAGUUAACAGAAAAUUGACAGCAAAAACACCUGUUGCAAAUGAAACUAGUUCUCUAACAGAGGCAGAGGAUGAUGAAAGCAUGCAGACCUUGUUCAAGACUCCAGCAACUGAAAAGGAAGUUAACAGAAAAUCGACAGCAAAAACACCUGUUGUUGAAACUAUUGCAAAUGAAACUAGUUCUCUAACAGAGGCAGAAGAUGAUGAAAGCAUGCAGACCUUGUUCAAGACUCCAGUAACACAAAAGAAAUUUAACAGAAAAUCGACACCAAAAACACCUGUUGCAAAUGAAACUAGUUCUCUAACAGAGGCAGAAGAUGAUGAAAGCAUACAGACCUUGUUCAAGACUCCAGUAACACAAAAGAAAGUUAACAGAAAAUCGACAGCAAAAACACCUGUUGUUGAAAUUAUUGCAAAUGAAACUAGUUCUCUAACAGAGGCAGAAGAUGAUGAAAGCAUGCAGACCUUGUUCAAGACUCCAGCAACUGAAAAGGAAGUUAACAGAAAAUCGACAGCAAAAACACCUGUUGCAAAUGAAACUAGUUCUCUAACAGAGGCAGAGGAUGAUAAAAGCUUGCAGACCUUGUUCAAGACUUCAGUAACACAAAAGAAAGUUCACAGAAAAUCGACAGCAAAAACACCUGUUGUUGAAACUAUUGCAAAUGAAACUAGUUCUCUAACAGAGGCAGAAGAUGAUGAAAGCAUACAGACCUUGUUCAAGACUCCAGUAACACAAAAGAAAGUUAACAGAAAAUCGACAGCAAAAACACCUGUUGCAAAUGAAACUAGUUCUCUAACAGAGGCAGAGGAUGAUGAAAGCUUGCAGACCUUGUUCAAGACUCCAGUAACACAAAAGAAAGUUAACAGAAAAUCGACAGCAAAAACACCUGUUGUUGAAACUAUUGGAAAUGAAACUAGUUCUCUAACAGAGGCAGAAGAUGAUGAAAGCAUGCAUUCCUUGUUCAAGACUCCAGUAACACAAAAGAAAGUUAACAGAAAAUCGACAGCAAAAACACCUGUUGCAAAUGAAACUAGUUCUCUAACAGAGGCAGAGGAUGAUGAAAGCAUGCAGACCUUGUUCAAGACUCCAGCAACUGAAAAGGAAGUUAACAGAAAAUCGACAGCAAAAACACCUGUUGUUGAAACUAUUGCAAAUGAAACUAGUUCUCUAACAGAGGCAGAAGAUGAUGAAAGCAUACAGACCUUGUUCAAGACUCCAGUAACACAAAAGAAAGUUAACAGAAAAUCGACACCAAAAACACCUGUUGCAAAUGAAACUAGUUCUCUAACAGAGGCAGAGGAUGAUGAAAGCUUGCAGACCUUGUUCAAGACUCCAGUAACACAAAAGAAAGUUAACAGAAAAUCGACAGCAAAAACACCUGUUGUUGAAACUAUUGGAAAUGAAACUAGUUCUCUAACAGAGGCAGAAGAUGAUGAAAGCAUGCAUUCCUUGUUCAAGACUCCAGUAACACAAAUGAAAGUUAACAGAAAAUCGACAGCAAAAACACCUGUUGCAAAUGAAACUAGUUCUCUAACAGAGGCAGAGGAUGAUGAAAGCAUGCAGACCUUGUUCAAGACUCCAGCAACUGAAAAGGAAGUUAACAGAAAAUCGACAGCAAAAACACCUGUUUUUGAAACUAUUGCAAAUGAAACUAGUUCUCAAACAGAGGCAGACGGUGAUGAUGAAAGCAUGCAGACCUUGGUCAAGACUCCAGCAUCACAAAAAAAAGGUAACAGAAAAUCGACAGCAAAAACACUUGUUGUUGAAACAAUUGCAAAUGAAAUUAGUUGUCCAACAGAGGCACAGGAUGAUAAUGAAAGCAUGCAGACCUUGUUCAAGACUCCAACAACUGAAAAGGAAGUUAACAGAAAAUCGACAGCAAAAACACCUGUUGCUGAAUAUGGUGCAGAGAUACCUGUUGUUGAAAAUAUGAGAAGUGAAAUUAGUUUAGAAAUAGAGGAGAUUGAGGAAAAGAUAGCGACUGUCCUGAAGAGUUCAGCAUCGCAUGGAAAAACUGGCAUUGUUGUAGACAAUAGUACGUUGCUUAAGAGAGGAUCAAGUUUGCCCAAGCAUGUCUUUGGUGAUAUAACUACUGUUGUUAUUAGCCCACUGAAUGCCAAACAGAGGGGCGGUAAGAUAUAUACCAAUGAUGAUUUAAGUGUUGCGGUUAAGGCAAAUGAAAGUCACGAAUACAGAGAAGAGACGCAUUCACAGGAUGCAAUAGCUGAAAGCUGUGUGCGAAGUACCCGUAGCAGAAGGGUUAGGACUAUCAAAGAUGUAGACACAGUGGUAACGAAGUCUUUGCGAUCUAGAAGCAGAAAUUUGGUAGAAGAUGUAACUGAGGAUUUUACUGUGUUGUCCAAUGUUAAUGAAUCUUUUUUAGCUUUAGCUAAGACAAGACACUGCCAAAAAUCAUUACCAGUUAAGAAGUCCACUCAGAAACAAAAACCAAAGGCAGACACAAAUGUUAUUUCUGUAGAAGAGAAGACAUCACCAAAAACAUUGUUGACGGUAAUUGUGGAGAUUCCUGAAGAACAGGAAACUAAAUCGCGAACUGCAAGCGAUUCUAAUGGAGAUGUUUCUACUACACGUGCUACGCGUUCUCGUCGUGGUGUUUUAAAUAGAAACGGAGGAAAGAGCGAAGCAAUAAGAGAACCUGUACGAAAAAUAAGGGGAACACACCGUCGAGUUCCAGUGCCAGUGGAAGAUAAAUUAGCCGCAUGUGAAUAUCUUGUUGAGGAUCCACCCAGCAAAGUGAAGAAUGGUCGUAAGAAAGCUUCGGAUGAGGAAUGCGCUGUUGCCAGUAACUUAGAUGACGAAGCUUCUGUUUCACGGACCCGAGGUACUCGAAAAGGUGCGAAAAAGAAUAGUAAUAGUGUUGAUAACUCCGAAAAAAACAAAAAUUCAAGUGCAACAGAGGAUGAUAACCUGUCGAUAGAAAUGCGAUCUACCCGUGAGAGGAAAAUAGCCGAAUCGUCUGAAACCGAUGAUAAAAAAGCUUCUGUACCCCGUACAGUGAGAGAACGCAAUGAUCAAACUGAAAACAGCGAUAUCAAAGCGGCUAGCGAAAACAGCCUUCCCGAAGAAGUGAAAAUAACGCGUUCGUCGAGGAGAAUAGGACCUACUCGUGCAACAAAAGGACGCAAUAAUAAUGCUAAAGAUUUCGACCAAGUCAACACUGAGGAAGUAAAAAAUACGCGUUCUUCGAGAAGAAAGGAGCCUACUCGUGCGACAAAAGGACGCAGUGAUAAGGCUAAAGAUAACGACCAAGUGUCCACUGAGGAAGUAAAAAUUACGCGUUCUUCGAGAAGAAAGGGGCCUACUCGUGCAAGAACAGGGCGCACUGACGAUGCUGAAGAUAACGACGGAGUUUCCAUCGAAGGCAACUUGUGUGAGGAAGUAAAAAUAACGCGGUCGUCGAGGAGAAAAAUCGUUGAUGGUACUUCGCAGUCUGAACCUGUGAGAAAAUCACGCCGUCGAAAUGUAGAUUCGGCAGAAAAAUCGGCGGAACCAACACAGGAGAAGGGUGGCGCUAAGUCGGAAAAAGUUGACGAUACAGUGAAAAAGACCAAGAAACCUUCAGGAGAAAAGCGAAAGCUAAAAGAAAUUAAAGCAAACAUCAAUGAGCCAGUUAAAAGGCCCCGCCCAAGAAGAGGGAAGACUCGAGACACAGAAGAGGAGGUUGUUCCGCCAGUGACUAGGCGAGUAACACGAAGCAGGAAAUGAGGAUCAUGAAUAUAUCUUUUCAAGUUUUUUAGCGCAGUAUAUAUUUUAUUUGUACUUUUACUUGUCUGAAUGUAAUUUUAAAUAAUUCUUUUAAGCGUUUUAGACUCAUUUCUGGUAAUUUGAUUAUUCAUAUUCUAAUAUCCAAACAGUUGCUAUAUCUAUGAGAUCAGGUGUUAUAUUUUGUACAUAAACCAGUUUCAACAUAUGUGUAUUCUUCAUAUGUAACAAUAUAAUGUGUGUGUAUAUGUAUA